AAAUUCCUUCACAAUAUUGAAAAUAUUGAAAAUAUUGAAAACUUCAUCAGACCUUCAAUGUUCCCAGUUAACAAUCAGCUCACAAUAUUCUUAAGACCAUUUACAUAAUUAAAACAAUGCUACCACGCCAAUGCCAACGCCAGCGACCAAUCCAAAACUUUUAUGCUGCCAUCUCAAAAUGUUCCACUGAGGCAACAUUAUAUGGUAAAUGUGUCGUCGCAGAUUAUAAUUCUGUCCAUAAAGACAAAUGCGCCAGCGAAUUUCUUAGAUUGCAAGACUGUUUGCUGAAAGCAUCGAAACCAACUCGUUAAAUUUUUAUUUUUAUUCUUUUUUUUUUAUUCUAUGAAGGAAGAGGAGGAGGAGGAGGAGGAGGAGGAGAGUUCUACUAUUAGUACAUGUAUAUUUUGGUGGAAGUGUAGAUUAAUAU